AUGCAGCCAAAGAACUUGCUCAAAUUAUCACACAAUCUUUCGGCCAGAGAGAGGGGUCUUCAGGUGACACGUUUGUUCACGUCGUUUACUGUUAUUGUGUUGAUUAUUGCUGCCCUUGUUGGCUCAUUGUUGUCUCAUAAAAUCUACAUUUCCCGAAUAAAUUGUGCCCAUUUGGACGUUUCUUAUGGGCUCUACAAGUCGUUAAGGACACUUGUGUCGUUAUCACCCUCGAUUUUAGAGCAGGAAAGCAGCGCUGGUGUGUAUCCUAUGGAUUCGUCACUCACCAAUUCAGAAAUUACAGUACUUACAAAUUAUGCCGAAGAGCAAGUGGCGAAUGCUCCUCAAUAUACCUUCACAUCCAUGUGGAGAUGGUGCUAUGGCAACUAUAAUAUAACCAAAGUCCAUGAAAAGGAUGGAAAGAUGAAAUUUAACAAGCAUAAUGAUGUGAUAUCGUGCUCGAGCGACGCCAAAGAAUAUGUGUUUGACUACCGUCAAGAAUUGGCUGAUAUUGGUCUUCAAAGUAUUUUGGCGUAUGCAUACCAAUCCAGCAGUUUUGAUGACAAUUCGUACCAGAAAGCUACUGCGAAAAGGGAAUCCAAAUACAAAAAAGUCCCUGGUGCACUUUUCUUUGCAGCAGCAUCUCAAGCUGUGCUACUCAUACUCACCUACUUUGUCUAUCUCGAUCGCGGUGACAAUCCCAAAGUCAAAGAACAGCAAAUGUUCAUGAUGAAUUUCCUCGCGCUCUUGUCGAUGGCUAGCUUCCUCGCAAUGGCUAUUGGAGUUGGGUUGUUAACACAAAUUUUGGUCGAGGUGAAGCUGGAAGUUCUGAAGUCUCUCAACGAUUUUGGGGUAACGUUCCAUUUAGGUAAAGCAUGGUUCUCAUUAUUGUGGGCUUCCUGUAUUUUUGCCCUCUUAUCCAUGGCAUCGUGGACUCUUCCCUUGUGGUGUGCAAACCCACCUGAAGACAUUGAUGACGAUUUUGAAGCGGGGAUUCCUCGACACCACAGAAGAACCACUCAUAAUGCAAAUGAAAAUCGGGGCCAUUUGCGCAGUGUUUCUAAUCCACUUUUGAAUGAGGCAUAUGUGACUGACGAUAUCAAUGACGAACGUAAAGAAUCACCAGAUAUGGAGACGGCCACGAGGCUUGUUGAACGACAACCCACAUUCACCACUGAGGAAGAGCUCCGCAAAUUAGGUGAGUCACUUUCCAGAAGUGUGUCUGUUAGACAUCUAAACCGCAAGACGAGCAACAAGAAAACUCAACCAACUUUCACGACCGUAACCGAGGAUCCAUUUGAUUCGGCUUCGCUAAUAGAAAAUGACGAUCAGAGUUCGCAUCAUUAUAGAGAAGAGACCUAUGACGGUUACCAGAACAGACAAAGAUACCCUGAGUUUUCUCAUUCAAAGCAUGAUCGAAAUGUUCUGGCAACCCUGAACAGUGCCAUGCUAUUGAAUAAUGAGAAUGACGCAAGCUCAUUUCUCAACGAAGACGAAAUUCACUUUUUGGACCACAACAACUUUAUCAACAAAAUGACUUAG